UUAAUGAGUUUAAAUAAAUGAGUAGGGCAGGAAGAGAUUGUUGGGGAGUUUGAUACCCCUACGCAGUGAGAUUUUGAGCAGAAGUUCUUGGAUAGAGAUGAGAAGGAGAACUUUCAGAGUUCGAAUUUGAACGAAAAUAGUUCAUGCAAUGUUAUUUCCUCUGGGAAGGAAGUUAGGAAAUUAAAUUUAGGUAAAAUAAGUCUUUGUAUUUUUAGAUGAGCAACUUAUUCAAGAUAAAGAUAGCACUUUUGAUGCUGAAUUUACAUCUGUAAUUCAAGCUAGUGAUAGGAUUGUCCAUGACCUUAAUUUUGAAGAUGUUCUUAAAGAUGACUCGGGAGAAUCAUUAAGUCCGGUAGUUAACCUAACAAGAUCUCCUAGCGAACAUACAGACACAGCGAAGAUUCUCUUUAAAACAAAUGAAAUGGAAUAUUUAGAAUGAGAUAUCCAUGAGAAGAAAAUUGAAGCUUUUUGCAAUGAGUGAAAGAUUACACUUUGAAUAGAUUGUAUUCUAAGUGAUAAACACAAGAAGCAUUCUUUCACCUCUCUUGACAAAGCAGCAGAGAAACAGAAAGAAGAUAUCAAAGCAAAUAUCUCAAAAGCCCAAAGCACUAGAAAAACUCUUGAGAAAAUGCAAAAUAGAAUGAGCAAACACCUUAGAGAUCUUUCUGAUCGCCUGGAAAAUAAUACAAGAUCUAUAGAAGAGAUCUAUGAUUUAGUACUCUCAGCAAUCACAAAGAAGAAGGAAGAUUGAAUUCGAAAUAUGCAAGAAGCUGUCAGAAAAGAAGAGAGGAUUAUGAAAGAAAAGAAGACUAAAAUAGAUAACCAUCUCCAAGCUAUUGAUCAUCUUCAUCAGAUGCAGACCAAGAUCUCAGAAUUAACAGAUCUUGAGGUACUUAAAGAAGCCAAAACUUGAGAGAAUGCUAUUAAAAGCGGAACUAAAAAUGUUGUUGAGUGAACAUUCUCGCUAACUAUGCUGCCUGAGCUGAAGAAAGAUAUAGAAAUUAAUAAUUUUGGAAAGCAGCUUAAGAAUGCAUUAAAAGAGCAAGAGUCCAAUACCUCCAGCACUCACCACAAGAGUAAGAAACAAUGUAAAAAGUCUUCAAAGGGGAGCAAGCUUAAAAAUGAGAGUAAAACCAGCAGUACCAAAGAAAUUAAAGAGUGCGAUAAACCUUCACCUAAUUUAAAUGAGAGUAACGUCACAGAGAUUAGUACACCAGUUUGAAUCUCUGCCAAGGCACACUUUUUUGAUAAGCCAGUUAGACCAUCAACAGGGACUGAAGAAAGGAAAAGUAGAGAUGCUGAAAAUCUCAAGAGAGAGGAAGAAGUUCCUUCAAAUCAGAAGCCUGUUGUAUCUAAAGGUCAAAAUUCUAGAAAUCAAAAGAACGAAAAGAAAUUUGAAGGGACUAAAUUUGGCUCAUCUAGUUUUUCUUACCAACCUUCUAAAGCAUUAGAGAAGCUGACUGCUCUUACAAGUGGAGACAAAAAGGCAAAAGAUCCUAAAAAUAAUGAAUCAAAUGACGUAAAUAACUUCAACAAGUUGUUGGAGUCUACUCAAUUAAUGCAAAGAGAUAGACAGAAGAGGAAGAAGCAGUCUCAUACAAAGCAUUUCGGCAAUGAGACUACAAAGGAACACCAAGAUUACAAUGGGUUCAAAGUUGAAGAAAUCAAAGAAGAAUCUGAAACUUCACUAAAAGAAAGCAGAAAAGAUAAAAGAGAUGAUCGUCAUGCUCGCGAUUCUGAGAGAUCUCAUAGAAGUUAUCUAAGACAUACAAAGACAUCAAGGCUUAGAAGCGUUAAUAAAAGAGACGAAUGUAUUCAGGAGAAGAUCAGAAAAGAAACUAAGACUAAAUUCCAGACUCAGGUAAUUAAGAAGAAUACAAGAGAGGGCCUUCCACCAACUUCAGGAAAUAUUAUUAAUGGGACAACCCCUCUCAAUAUGAAUCAAAUUCGAAGAAUGAGUCCAAGAAGAGCUUGUGACGAAAAUAUUAGAGGAGCUGGAAAUAAGUCUUCAGAGAUGUUCAAAUUAGAAGGAAGAGUAAGAGGGCAAAACUCAAGAAGAGGAAGUAAAACUAAUAGAGAUAACUUUGAAAAUAUUGACUCAAAGUUCAAUUUCACUAGACUUCAAGAAAAGAGAGCGGAAAGAAAGAAUCAAAAAUCCACUCAGCUGCUAUCCAGCAUUCUCUCGAGUAAACACUCAGAGAAUAUAAUGAAGGAACCUCAAUUCAAAUAAGUGGGAAAAAUUGCUUAAAAAAGACAAAGAAUCUAAUAAAGAUGUUCAGAAAGAUUUCCUUUACAAGAGUUUAAAUAGAGCAAAUAUGAAAGGAUCCUUGUUAGAUUAUAACAGAGAUGAAUCACCUGAAGUAUUUAAAAAGGCUGAAGAGAUAAAAGAAAUUCCUGAUUCACCCAAAGAUGUAUUAGACUGCUUGAGAACACCUGAGUCACAGUGUAGAGCAGUCUCUAUCAUCGGUGGAGAUAUGACUAAGAAAUCCAUAGAUUUCAAUAUUUUGUUGAAGAAUAACAUAGACUCUAUCUUCACUAUAGCAGGAUAUUCAGACAAGCCUAUCGAAACUAUUGAGAAUUACUCUUGAGAUAAUGCUGUUUGGAUACCCAUUUCAUGUCCCCUCAAAGACGGAAGAACCAAAUUUUCAGUCGUUUCAUUUCUCCAUGUUUCAGAGAAUGGAUUCUCUAGUGAUAGAAUACUCAUAAUGGGAGGCAAAACAAGUGAUGGCAAGAGGACAGACUUAAUUCAGGAAUAUAAUCCUAAAACUAAUAAACUUCAAGAUUUUGGAAGACUUCCAAAGCCAAUGUCUGGAUUUUCUGCACUCUGAAUGGUCAAUAAAAUUUAUAUCAUUGGAGGAAAUGAUGGAAAGAUCAGGAAUAAUGUUGAGUGAUUUGAUCUUGAAACUAAAGAAUGGACUCAACUCUCUCCACUAAACCAGAAGAGAGAUGAACUAUCUGCAGCUAUCGGCCCAGAUAACUGCCUCUAUGCUAUUGGAGGAUAUGGAGGAUCUGAUAAUAAAUGAUUGAUUACCGCAGAAAAAUAUGACAUUAAGGUUGGUAAAUGGGAAAUUAUAGCAAAAAUGAAAGAUCCAAGGAGAGCUCUCAGUGCUGUAAGUCUUCCAAACGGUGUCUAUGCUCUUGGAGGAUACGAUGGAGAGAAAUAUCUCAAUAGCGUUGAGAAAUAUGAUAGUGACCAAGAUCAAUGGGUAUCAGUCCCCUCAAUGAUUCAAAAAAGAUGCACUCUAAGCUCUGUUUCAAGUAAUGAUUGAAGAUAUAUCUAUGCUAUUGGUGGAUUUAAUGGAUCGGCUUUGGAAACUGUUGAAAGGUAUGAUAUUGUCUCAGAUAAAUGGGAACAAGUUCAAAGCAUGAACUCUAAGAGAUUCAUGCAUGCAUCUGUGUUAAUAAGACAAUAAAUUGUCAAUCUUA